CCCCGAACCACCGCGCUCGCACACCAACUCAAUUGUGCACGGAGCGAACUUAUUACCAAGGCGGCGGUAGAAGAAGCGGAAACAGACUCUAGCAUUUAUUUUUUAUUAUUACAAGAACCAUGGACCUCAGCAGAAGGAUACCCACCAGAAUCAAACCUCUUUUAUAUUUUUACAGCCAGCAACACCAACACAAAGUGUGCAACAUACAUCCGCAAGCAUGCCAACCUCAAACCAAAACACCACUAUACACACGAGAAUUUCAUAAUAUCGAUUACGGUAGAAAUCCAGAACAAGAAAACCCAAAUCCUAAACAUAUACUCCCCAGGCCGAAGUGGCCCCUUCGCACAAAUAGCAAGUACAAUCCAAACCCUUGACAAUUGCCUAGUAAUGGGAGACUUCAACUGCCACCAUCAGAUGUGGUAUGGAGUAAAUUCACAUGAAUAUAGAAACAACAUUCGAGCAGACCGCGUCAACGGUGCACGGCUAAAACGAUGGAUAACCCGACAAAAACUGACCCUCCUGAAUGAACCAGGCGUCUUUACGCAUUUCCCCAGAGACAGAGGGAAAAGGCCCACAAUCAUCGACCUUACAUUUGUAAAAGGCCCAACACUUGACCACAACCUACGAUGGAGCACUGAACCCUACGGAGCGGGCUCAGACCACGGGAGAACCUCCGUUCACUUACACUUGGAAAAACCACCUUUUGUACCAAGACGAAUGUGGCGACAAACAGACUGGAAGCUACUGGAGAACCACAUGUCAAACAUUUCCAUCCCUGCAGAGGCAUGGGAAACCAAGGAACACACGGAACAAACAGUCGAUUUCUUCCUAGAACUGGUCAGGUCAACAGUCAGCAUAGUAACACCACUCUCGAAGGAGGGGGUAAGAGCCAACUCCUGGUGGUCAGAUGAAAUGAAACAAAUGAAGGCAAGGGUAAAUGCAGCAGAAAGAAAGGCGAGAAACACAAGGAAACCCAAUCACAUGGAGGAACACCGCAAGGCUUGCAGAGAAUGGACAGUCAUGAUCCGGAAAGCAAAAGCAGACCAGCGGGAAAAGACGAUGAACGAGGCGAGAGGUAGUGAAGUCUGGAGAAUGCUAAAUGCAGGAAGGAGAAGAGACACAAUCAUACCAACCAUACAAGGUGAAGAAACGUUUGCAGGGAAGUGUCAAGCUCUAAGAGUCCAACUUUUCCCCUCGAAACGGAUGUCCCCCGACCACCCCCCCCUAAAAAUUAGACCCCCUUCUUUUGACCUUAGCGACACCUUCGAUACAGUCACCCCCGAAGAACUUAAUAAAGCAAUCGACUCCUGUCCAGCGCACUCGGCGACCGGCCCGGAUGGCAUCCCGUACACCUUUAUUAAAGCAAUAGUCAAAGCAAAUACAACUCUAAUUCAAGACAUGUUCUCCGCCAUGCUCCGGCACGGUGUACACCCAGCGGAAUGGAAAAUAGCUAAGUGUAUCCCGAUCCUGAAACCCGGUAAAGCAAAUUAUCAUGAAGCAAAAGCCUACCGGCCCAUUUCCCUUCUACAAUGUUUCAGUAAAAUCCUGGAGAAGAUAGUGGCCCAAAGACUCUGCACCGCUGGAGAAAUCCUAGGAACGCUCUCAGCGAAUCAAUUUGGAGGAAGACCAACCAUCUCCGCAAUCGAUGCCCUCCUGAAAACCUUAACACCAAUUCAACAAAACCUACUACUGAAAAACAGUACCGGAAUCGCUCGGCAAGACAGACCAGCGAUCCUAACCAACGACAUCCAAGGAGCAUUUAAUUGUGUCGAUCACCUACUCCUCGCGGAAAUCAUGCACCAACAAAAAUUCCCUAUCUAUCUGACAGAAUGGUGCAAGGAAUUCAACACCGGCAGAAAACUACAGUUCCAAUUCAACCAUGAGCUAGAGGAACCACAGCCCUAUGAUUCUGGAGUGCCGCAAGGUAGCCCCAUGUCCCCGGUACUAUUCAUGAUUUAUGCUGGAGUAAUCCUGGACCCAACAAACAGCCCGAAAGAGAUGGACACCACAUAUAUCGAUGACGACGCGCUGGUGCAAAUAUCCAAAACACCAGGCUUCACAAUCAAGAGAAUGGAGGAACGAAUGAGAGAGAGACUAAUAAAAGCCGAACCACUCCAAAUUAAAUACGACCCGGAUAAAUCCGACCUGAUCUUCUUCCG